AUGUUGAAAAAGAUUUUUGGUAAGAAGAAUGAGGAAGGAGAGGAUGGUGUAAAGCCAGUAAAGGCUAAUUUAGGAGAGGAAAAUAAAUUUUAUUAUAAUAAAGAAUUAAAAAGCUGGGUGGUUCGAGGUGAAGAGCACUUGGUCGAACAGAAACAGAAUCUCCCACCUCCUCCGCCAAAGAGACCAACAACAACAGAUUCUGGAACCAGAACUGAAAGCAUGGCAUCCUUUUCCUCAGGUUCUCAAAGUACAGGAAUUCGAAAGAAUUUAUAUACUUCAACUCCUGGUUUGAAUAUAAUGAAGAAUUCUAAAGAACAGAUUGGAGGAAUAAUACCUACUGCAGGUUUUAAUUGUGUGAAUUCGAGUGCAACUUUAUUCGAACCAGUUGGUACUUCUGGUGCUAACAGUUUUACAGAUAAUUCAGACAAACAAACCAGGAUUGUGGAGUUUGGUAGGCAAGAGCAAAGCCAGUUUGAGAAUGAUAAUAAUACAGUAGGAAGUAUGUCUAUUCAGGAAAAAGAAGAGAGAGAUCAUUUGGAGUUGAGUCCAAGCAACUUUGAAGGUUAUUCUAGUGAAAUUUCAGGGUCUGAACAACAUUUCAGGGAAGAUCAGAGUAUAUCGUUUCCAUCAUCAGUUUAUACAAACUAUACUAAUCAAUGCAGUACUAAUAAGACGUCAAUAACUAACAGGACACUUCCUCCGAUACCAUCUUUACCAAAUGCAGCAAUUUCAAAUAGAGAAUUAAUAGGUGGAGUAUCUCAAAGAAGAGCGUCUAUGCAGGAUUCUCCCAUAUCAUUCAUUUCAACUCCAAAUGUUAUUCAGAAUCCAAAAGAUGCUUUAGGAGAAAGAAUUGAGGGAGGUCUAAGACACCAAAGUCACUAUAUAGGACAAGAAAUAACUGAGAAGGAGAUUGGUGAUGGAUUUAGUCAAAAUAACACUGAAAUUACAAUGAAUGGUAUAGGUGAAUAUCUGGAUCACCAAAUGAUGGGGAGAGUCAGAAAUGAAAUAGAAGAUAAGAUGAAUUCAACAAUCUCAAAUUCUGAGAGUGACCAAACUGAAGUUCUUUAUACUCAGAAUGAUAUGAGACAAAGACAAAGAAUAAGGCCAUUAUCUCAAAGAAGUGUAGCUUCAAAUAGUCUCCCAGGAGUCUCUGAGAAGAAUGAGCAGAUGGAGAUAAUGGAUAAAAAGUUGGAUAUGACUUGGAAUUUGGCCUCUGGAAGAGAAGUUGUAGAUCCUAAAGAAAACAUUUCACCAAAAAUAGAGUCUUCAAUGUUAGAAUUCAUUUCAUUUUUUGGAUUUAGAUACGACGAAAAAUCCCAAAAGUUAAUUGAUGAUUUUGAGUAUAAUGAAAAUAUGAGUAUAAAUGGACAAAAUAUUGAACAAAAAGAAGGAAGGAAAAGUUUAAGCCAAGUUUGUAUAGAGAUUAAGGAGAAUAAGUUAAAACAGAUGGAUUUUUUGGUUGGAAAAGUAUUCAAGGGUUUGCAAGAUUCUAGCAGUGAGUAUGAUAGUUUAAUGGAGAUGAUUUUGAACAUAGGAAAUGUAACAAACAAGACGUUUCAGGAGAUAUCUGGAACUAUUAACACUGUAAUGUCUAAUAGUGAUGAGAUUGAGAAGGAGCUUAUAAAGACUAGAGGAAUGUAUGUUGAUUUGGUUAAAAAAUAUAAGGCAAUAUACAAGCAAUAUGAGACAGAUAUGGUUACUUUGAGAAGUGAAUUAGAGAAUGAAAAGAAUAUGAACAUUUCUAACUCUAAAGAGUUUGAGGAAAGAUUAAAGAAACUUCAGGACGAGUUUUCAUCUAAUGAGGCUUCAAAUAACGAUUUAUUACAUCAGUAUUAUUCAUAUAUUCAAAACUUACAGCAACAAUUCGAAGAGAUGCAACUGAAUAUACAAAAUAGGGAGCUUAAGUUAAAGAUUUCAGAAGAGGAGAUACCUAGAUUAAAAUCUGAAGUGGAUGAGUUAAAAAGGAAGUUGGAUGAGAAACAACAAGAACUUAAAUUAGUUACUGAGAAAUUUGGAGAUUAUGAACAAGACAACCAUAAACUAAAGGAAACAAAUCAAGAGUUAAUUUCACUUUCAAAAGUAAAUGAGGAAAAGAUAAGGCAAGAAAUGAUGAUGUUGAUUGAAGAGCAUAAACAGCAAAUAGAACUCAUGGAAAAGUUUACUUGUGAACAAGAUGAGCAGAUUAAUCAACUUCAAAAAAGCAUAAGCGACUUAAGUCAGGAGAAGAAUGAUUUACUAAAUUGGAAUGAGCAACAUAGAGGUGAGAUUACCAUAAUUAAGACCCAAAUUGAAAACUUAGUGGAGGAAAAAUGCAAAAUAGAAGAGGAAGUUUUGGCUCUGAAUUCACAAAACCAAGAUAAGUCUUCAAAGAUUCUUGAAUUAGAAACCAUAAUGGAAGCUGAAGGUCAGAGAAUGGAGAAUACUUCAAGAGAGCUACAGGAAUUAAGAAAUUUAAAGACUCAAUUGGAAGAAGAAAUGGAGAAAAUUAAGGAAGAAAAGAAUCAGAUGGAGUCCGAACUUAGACUAGACAAGGAGAAACUUACAGAGAAUUGUGAAAGACUCUCGAAAGAAUUAAAAGAUAUGACACUGAAAAACCAAAGUUUAGUGGAGGCCUCCAGGGACGAGAUUGAAUCUGAACAAAGAAAACUAAGAGAAGAGUUGGAAUCCAAGUCUGAGGAGUAUAAUAAACAUGUCAGUUGGUUAGAGGGUGAAAUAUCAAGAAUUGAUGACGAAUGGAGAACUAGACAAACACAUUUAGAGGCAAAUUAUGAACAGCUUUACUCACAGUACAUGAACUUAAGCUCUAAAGAAAGUGAGUUUGCAUCUUUAAAGGAAAGAAUUAACGAACUUGAGUCAGAAAAGAUUAGUAGAAAUGAGUACAUUUUUGAACUGGAAACCGAAUUAAAUGAGAAUCAAAAGAAUAAGGAAAUAAUUUCAGACUUGGAGAAAAAAUUGGAAGAGAUUGAAAGUCAAACAAAGAAAAAUUCAGAGAGGCUGAAGGAAUCUGAGGAAGAAAUUCUGAGAGGUAAAAGCUCUAUCAACGAGCUUGAGACUUCACUUGAGUCGGAGAUUUGCAGAAGCAAAGCACUAAGCAGUGAAGUGGAUAAUUUACAAAACAUCAACAAAACUCAUCUGGCUAGAAUCCAAGAAUUGGAACAGAAACUUGAAGGUUCUGAACAAUGUAGGGAGUACAUGAGCAAACUAGAACGGAACAUGACCGAGCUUGAGACUUCUUUAGAAGAGAAAUGCAAGGACUAUAAUCAACUAGAAGAACAAUACGCCCAACUCUUGACUCAGAGCAAAGAGCUUGAAGACUCAAACAGUAAAGAAAUUAAUCAAAAAAUGAAACUUGAAAACGAAAAGCUCAAGGAAACUAAUGAGGCCGUUUACAUUAAGCUUGAAGCAUUCUCAAGAGACAUUGAUAUGUUAAAUAAUCAGCUAGAAUGGAUCAGAAGAUAUUCUCCGCAGGUCUAUGAAGCAAUGCUCGAAAAUUCUUAUCAUUACCCAGACCCUUCCUUUGGUAGCCAUUAUAAUCACUCAUCUGGUAACGACCACGAAAUCUCUGACAUUGCCCUGUAA